GCACUGAGUGCUAGAAGGUUUAAAAUAGAUGUCAUAUGAUACCAAUUAUAACUCAGUGAAAUUUUGCAGUCCUAGGACCCUACACAGAGCAUAAGCCAAAAUGGAAGAUGGUCCUGUUUUCUAUGGCUUUAAAAACAUUUUUAUUACAAUGUUUGCUACCUUUUUUUUCUUUAAGCUUUUGAUUAAAGUUUUUUUGGCCCUCCUAACCCAUUUCUAUAUCGUCAAAGGAAAUAGAAAAGAAGCGGCUAGGAUAGCAGAAGAGAUCUAUGGUGGAAUUUCAGAUUGCUGGGCGGAUCGAUCCCCACUUCAUGAAGCUGCGGCUCAGGGGCGCUUACUGGCCCUUAAAACUUUAAUUGCACAAGGUGUCAAUGUGAACCUGGUGACAAUUAACCGGGUGUCUUCUCUCCACGAGGCAUGCCUUGGAGGUCAUGUGGCUUGUGCCAAAGCCUUACUGGAAAAUGGUGCGCAUGUCAACGGAGUGACAGUUCAUGGAGCCACACCCCUCUUCAAUGCUUGCUGCAGUGGCAGUGCUGCAUGUGUCAAUGUACUGCUGGAGUUCGGAGCCAAGGCCCAGUUUGAGGUGCACCUGGCCUCGCCCAUCCAUGAAGCAGUGAGGAGAGGUAGGGCCAGUGUCGACCAUGGUCAAUGGCUGGACACCCCACUCCAUGCUGCAGCGAGGCAGUCCAAUGUGGAGGUCAUCCACCUGCUAACUGACUAUGGAGCUAACCUGAAGUGUAGAAAUGCUCAGGGCAAAAGUGCACUUGAUCUGGCGGCUCCAAAAAGCAGCGUGGAGCAGGCGCUCUUGCUCCGUGAAGGCCCUCCUGCUCUUUCCCAGCUCUGUCGCCUGUGUGUCCGGAAGUGUCUCGGUCGAGCAUGUCAUCAAGCCAUCCACAAGCUAUGUCUGCCGGAGCCGCUUGAACGAUUCCUCCUAUACCAAUAGUGUUAAGUGUCCCUGGGAAGAUACUUGGAACUACACAGAUAGUUGUCUGCUGUACCUAGAGUACCUAGUGUAGAUGCUCAACAGCUAGACUCUCACUAUCUUCAAAUGAGCUCAGUUGAAGUAAACCCCCCAUGAGCUAGAACACUUGAUGAGUGGAAACUCCUGGUUAGUUUAAUGUUCUCAUUAACCAAGGGGCAACCAGAAACCAUUUAGCUUUUAGCUCUUGUUAUUAAAAAACUUAAAAAAUGUGAAGUAGAGUGAAAAUAAUAGGCAUUUUUUUUAUGAUUCAGGAUCUUCUUGUACCUAAAAGUGAACAUUCUGAAUAUUGUAUAGACACAUGUAAAUUCAGAUGGAUAAGAUUAUAACAAAUGUUAGGUAUUCCAAGAUAUGUUCUUGAUUUAGUUCCUCCCUUCAGCCCUUCCCUAUUUUUUUUUCUUUCUUUCCUUGAAUAAAUCUCUGCUAUAAUUUUGAA